AUGGGUUAAGUUUAACAGUCCAAAUAACACUUUUUAAAAAAUUAGUAAAAAUUGGACCAACAUCAAAGCAAAAUUUUUGAGAGUCUAAUUGAAGUCUAUUCAAAUUAAUAGGAAUAAGUUGCAGUCAUACGUAAGCUAUAUUAAAAUGAUGACUAAUAUCAAAUUGAGUUACACAAAUUGCAACAAUAUUAACAAUUAUCAAACAUACCUGGAUUGAUCAAAUUGUUGGAAAUUCAUAAAUAAGAAGAAUAAUAUCUCUGUAGCAACUUUUACAAAAUAGAUGCAAUCUUUGAAUACGGUACUCCAUUUACCUCUCAACUCCCCUAUUAUUAAUUUAUCUAGUAAGUCAUGCACACCUUGAUUGAACUGCAAAAUAGAGACAAAUAUCACGGUGAUCUAAUACCAUCAUCCUUUCUCUUUAAAAAUUAAGUCAAGCUUUUUCUCCCCAAUAUCAAUCACUAUAGUCGUCUAUUGAAUGGAUCAUCGGAAGAUUGCUAUUUGUCACCAGAGUUAUUAGAAUACUUGGGCCGAAACUCCUAUAGACCUGAACAUAAUAAAGAGAAGAGUGAAAUCUUUUCUAUUGGUCUUAUCACUUUAGAAUUGAUCUUGCAAGAGUCAAUUCAGAAAAUAUAUAAUUUUGAAACCUACACAAUCAACAGAGAUAUUUUGAAUGAUCUAUUAUCAAGAGCAGAUAAUAAAUUAAUUACUAAAAUGUUAGAAUUACAACCUGAAAAUAGACCUAAUUAUUUAUCAAUUUAUGAGGAGAGUCUAGUUGAAAUGAUGUAGUAGUCAGCUAUCAAAAUAGAAAAUUAGCAACCAAGUGGCUUCAUUGAAAUACCAAUUCAAUAAGCAAAGGAAAUAUUACCCAUAAAAUAAUCCAAAAGCUUACAUAUCAAAACUUAAAUCAUCUAAUCAACUAAUACUUUAAAGAAAACUAAUCCAACUUAAAGAUCUGUUUAAAUAAUUACUGAAGAUAGAACAAAAUAAUUGAAAGCUUAACCAAAAUAAACUUAAAAAAAUUAAGUAAAAAAGAUUCCUCCACCUAUUUAAGAAAAAAGUCCUAGUCAUCAUUUGAAAUUGAAUUCAAAAUAGAAAUCGAAUAAUUUUGCUAACCUAGAAUUACUACAAGUUUAAGAGAAUUAGGAUUCUAAUUUAUUAUCCCCUUAAAAUCAAUCAAUGUUUCCAAACUCUCUAUAAUAUUUAACUCCUUCAUAGUCACCCAACAACAGGUAUUCAUAUAAAAAAUCUCAUCAAUCCUCAGCAAUCAAACACUAAUCUCUUGAACCAAGUGAAUAUGCGUUUUUGCAUGAGCAAAUUCAUGUACCAUACAAUCCUGGAUCCAAUUUUUUAGAUUCCUCAAGGUAACAAGAAUUGUUUGAUCUUGUUUCUCCAAAAAGUUAAAGGCAAACCUCAACUUUGAAAGAUAUUUCCAAUAAAAAACUUCAAAUCAACCAAACCAAAGCCAAUUCAAAUUUCAAAGAAUGCCUCUAAAAAAAACCGUAGUUACUCAAAGUAUAGAGAGGCAAUUCUAAAUCUCCGAAUGUAGCGAGAAUACCUGGGAAGAAAUGA